UAAUUUAUAAAAUAUUAAAAACCAAAACGUUUCACCAUAAUAAAGUAAAAUUAUUUUAUCAUUAUAUAACAAAAAGCAUUACACUUCAUGCUCAUAUCAGUGCAGUUAUCUGCUAUGAUUGACAAAUACUCAUUUUGAAAAGAGAUAAAAUAUGUUGAGCUUUAAUUCCUGAAUAUAUCUAUCUAAGAUGGGCUAAAAAGCCUCACCCGCGACUGUUUGUAAAGGGGAGGACGAGUUGGCCACUGGUAUAUUAUAAAGUGCUUAUUAUGUACAACUGUAAAUGAGCAUGUAGAACUUUUCUGAAACAAUUUUUAAUAAUAUUGUAAAACACAAGUACCGAAAAGGUACACAAAAUGACCGCCGACAUAAAUAUGUGUCAGAUUGAUGGUAUAUGGUGUACAGAUCUUCUAAAUUGUAUCUAUGAUCUUUGACCUUCAUUAGGUGUAGAAAGGUUGCGAAAACUCCUGUGUGAAUUUUAGUUGUAAUCAGCAAACUGCAAACUAUUGAAAUGUUGGAAGAUAGACCGACAGGACACUGCCAACAUAAGUUUACCAAAGGCGGGCUUAGAUGUAUACGUAACAACUCCAAAAAUAUGGUUUAAUAUUUUUUGUAAUCAAAACGUCAAAUAUGAGGUAUUUAGAGUGAAAAAGAAUACUAUCAAGAUAUUGACAUUAAUGUCUGAUUGUAGGUGUCUGAGUAACAGUUGGAGCAAUACAAACUUCCCCAACACAUUAUUGAUCAUAUGUUAGGUCAUUCUCCGGUAGACUGAAUUAUGGGAUCAAACAUUGUUUUAAAGAAAUUUUAGAACAGUUUUCAAUUGAAGGAAAAGUCUCUGCAGUGUGAGCUUUUCAAAAGACAUGAUCAGAAAGACGUUUGCUGCAAAUGUUUCAAAAAAUGUUCUGUCGGGAAAGUACCCCCAUUUGUCACACUGUAGUGGAAGCAACUCCCAUGCUUUUUAGAGGACUUUGUCCAUUCAUUCAGACGUGCAUAAGAAUACCACUGGUCAACUAUGUAUAAUAUUACAAUGAAUUUCAGUAAUCUAUUCGGUUUAAUUAAUCACUGGUCACAUUCGUGUUGUUCUGAUUUAAACCCUCUUGUUCCCCUGUGAAAAUAUGAGAUCUUAUUAACGCACAUCACAAUCAUAGACUCAAUAAGUUCCACUUGUUCUGUCAUCUAAAUGAAAGAGAUGCCUUGCUCAGGUGGUGUUAUUGUUCUGUUGAUUGCAGUUUCUACACAAUAUAAAGAUGGAUGUUAAAAAUGUCCAAUGUCACAAUGUUUCCUUUAUAAUGGAUAUAGUAAAGUUUCAAUUUAUAUGCCAUAUGGUUCUAUCUGUGAGAUUUUUAACUUAGUUUAUUCUAUUUAUAUAUCUUAUUGUUUACUUCAUAACGAAGACAUAUUUGCCUCUAUAUUCAAAUCAUAGUCUAUUUACCUUCCUUUUACAACAAUAUUGUUACACUAUGUUACACCAUGCCAAGGUAAUUAGCACCGAGACUGCUUCUAAAUGGUGUUAGUACAGAACAGGAAAUGUACUGAUGCCAAUCAGGAAAAGUCUGCACUUCCGUAAACAAGGAAAUAUUAAUAAAUAUUUUUUAGUUUACGGAAAACGCUGACGGUUUCCUAUUGGUACUGAUUAUUCCUAAUUGAUAUCCUUUAUCCAUGUGUGCCAAUAAACUAAUGAUAAACAAUACAAUGCUAAACAUUGGUAAUACCAUGCUAAACAUUGGUAAUACCAUGAUAAACAUUUGUUAUACCAUGAUAAACAUUGGUUAUACAAUGAUCAACAUUGGUAAUACCAUGCUAAACAUUGGUAAUACAAUGAUAAACAUUGGUUAUACCAUGCUAAACAUUGGUAAUACCAUGCUAAACAUUGGUAAUACCAGGAUAAACAUUGGUAAUACCAGGAUAAACAUUGGUAAUACCAUGAUAAACAUUGUUAAUACCAGGAUAAACAUUGGUAAUCCCAGGAUAAACAUUGGUUAUACCAUGAUAAACAUAGGUAAUACCAUGAUAAAUAUUGGUAAUACCAUGAUAAACAUUGGUAAUACCAUGAAAAACAUUGGUAAUACCAGGAUAAACCUUGGUAAUACCAGGAUAAACAUUGGUAAUACCAGGAUAAACAUUAGUAAUACCAGGAUAAACAUUGGUUAUACUAUGAUAAACAUUGGUAAUACCAGGAUAAUCAUUGGUUAUACCAUGAUAAACAUUCGUAAUACCAGGAUAAACAUAGGUAAUACCAUGAUAAACAUUGGCAAUACCAGGAUAAACAUUGGUAAUACCAGGAAAAACAUUGGUAAUACAAUGAUAAACAUUUGUAAUACAAUUAUAAACAUUGGUUAUACCAUGAUAAACAUUGGUUAUACAAUGAUCAACAUUGGUAAUACCAUGCCAAAAAUUGGUAAUACAAUGAUAAACAUUGGUAAUACCAUGAAAAACAUUGGUAAUACCAGGAUAAACCUUGGUAAUACCAGGAUAAACAUUGGUUAUACCAUGAAAAACAUUGGUAAUACCAGGAUAAACCUUGGUAAUACCAGGAUAAACAUUGGUAAUACCAGGGUAAACAUUGGUAAUACCAGGAUAAACCUUGGUAAUACCAGGAUAAACAUUGGUAAUACCAGGAUAAUCAUUGGUUAUACCAUGAUAAACAUUGGUUAUACCAUGAUAAACAUUGGUAAUACCAGGAUAAACAUUGGUAAUACCAUGAUAAAUAUUACAAAUUUGUGUGUAUCACUACAAAUUAGAAUUGAUCUUAAUCCAUAUAUAUAUAUAUAUUAGCUGUCUUUUUUUUUAUAUAUUUGUAAUUACUUGAUGUCAAUUGAUGUUACAAGAUAAAAUUAAGAAUUAGUACAGUCCAGGCUAACAUAGCUUUGAUGAUAAAAUGCUAAAGUGAAAACUAUUUUUUUUCAAACUAUAGCAAAACUUCAUUCAGUUAGUAAUAAUAUAAAUCUCAAAAGAAAUGUAUAAAUCCUCUUUUAUAUGAACGUCACAAAUGAAACCAUGCCUUAACAAUAGUAUAUUAGUAAACACUGCAUACAGUAUGUUGUAUAGCACACUCCGGUAUCCAAUCAUGUACUCGGUAUACCCACGUAAUGCUAGACUAGUAUUUCAAAUCAAGCGAGAUAUUAUUUGUGAUCAUUCACCAUGUAUACGGAAAAACUGACAUUUUCACUGCAAAACCACUACCUGUUUAAAACUUCAAGAACAGAAAUAUUUCUUUUCUAAAACUGUUAACAUACUUGAUGCAUUAUAAACACAAUUUUAGGACUAGUGCAAGUCUAGUUAUUUAUGUACAGUGCUUAAAUAAUCAUAUAUAAUAUGGACAGAUACAAAACAUAAAGUAUAACACUACAUGACAAUGUGUAUGAAGACAUUUAAUUCAUGAGCUUUGUACUUGUCACAUUCAAUAAAUAAGCAUAACAUCUCAAUGAUACCUAAUGAUGAAACAAUCACAAGAUUAGGACGACAUGAUUUUACACAAUCUACAUCAAUCCACAUGUCGCCCUCAUUUUCGCUAAAUACACUUGCUUGUGGAAUAUUAAUACUUGCUUCCUUGUCUACGACCUAACAACCGUGCUCUGCAUGGAUGUAACAGUGUGCCCUUGUAUUUAGUCAC